CAUUGGUUCAUCAACUGCCGUUUACACCUGCUCCACCGUGAACCUGUGUAGCUCUCCGUCACUUGUUAACGUGCGUUAGAACAUCAACUCUUGUUGCUGCGACAACCGAUUGAGCUACAGAAUGGCUUCAAAGAAAUCCGAAUCUGUAAAGGUGGUCGUACGGUGUCGACCUUUGAGUGAGAAGGAAAUUCAUGAAGGAAACGAACGAAUUGUUGACAUGGAUGUGCCUCGAGGAUGCAUCAAGAUAACAAAUCCUAAAACAAGACACGGGGAACAGCCGAGGGAGUUUACAUAUGAUGCAAUUUAUGACUGGAAUUCACAGCAGAGAGAACUGUAUGAUGAGACAUUUAGAGUGACUGUAGACUCAGUCCUCGAAGGAUACAAUGGAACUAUAUUUGCAUACGGACAAACCGGAACAGGAAAGACAUUUACAAUGGAAGGUGUAAGGACUGACUCUGAACUGCGUGGAGUAAUUCCCAGCUCUUUUGAUCACGUUUUCAAACACAUUGCUAGAAGCCAUGACAAAGUAUGGCAAACAUUUUCACGAUACUUUAUUGAUGUAAACGUGUUGUUGACACAGCAAUUUCUUGUUCGAGCAUCGUAUCUGGAAAUUUAUCAGGAAGAAAUUAAAGAUUUAUUAUCUAAAGACCAGAAGAAACGACUUGAGUUAAAAGAGCGGCCAGACACAGGCGUGUAUGUGAAGGAUUUAUCAUCAUUUGUAACUAAAGGUGUAAAAGAGAUUGAGCACGUUAUGAAUGUUGGAAAUCAAAACAGAUCAGUGGGGAGAACUAAUAUGAAUGAACAUUCAUCAAGGUCACAUGCCAUUUUUAUUGUUACAGUGGAGUGCAGUGAGACUCGUGAUGACGGUGACAAUCACAUUCGUGUAGGUAAAUUAAACAUGGUGGAUUUGGCUGGAAGUGAACGGCAAGCAAAGACUGGAACUGAGGGAAAGUUGUUCAACGAGGCAGUCAAAAUCAAUUUGUCUCUUUCUGCAUUAGGCAAUGUUAUUCACUCUUUGGUUGAUGGGAAGAGUACGCAUAUACCUUACAGAGACUCCAAACUGACAAGAUUGCUGCAAGAUUCUCUUGGCGGUAAUGCAAAGACAGUAAUGGUGGCUACAAUUGGUCCGGCAGAUUACAACUAUGAGGAGACUUUGACAACUUUACGUUAUGCAAACCGAGCAAAGAAUAUUAAGAACAAGCCAAAGAUCAAUGAAGAUCCUAAGGAUGCUUUGCUUCGUGAGUUUCAGGAAGAAAUUGCUAGAUUAAAAUCUCAUUUGUCUAAUAAAGGAAAGAAAUCAAAAAGACGUGGACAUCGAGGAGCCAGUGCAGGAAACUCUGAAGAUGCUGGUGGAGAUGAGGAGGAACAGGAUCCAGGACAAUCUUUGAAAGAGCAAGAGGCUCAGCUUGAGAGCGAGAAACAAGCACUUCUUCAGAAUGAGAACAUUGUAGCUGAGGAGAGAGACAAACUUGUUGGUGAAUUGCAGCAGAAACAGAAACUACUUCAGAAAAAGCAGGAAGCACGUGAUUCUUUGGCGUCUAAAAUUCAAGCAAUGGAAAGCAAGUUGCUUGUUGGAGGCAAGACAAUUAUAGAUCACACAUCUGAACAGGAAAGGAAAAUGGAGGAAAUGCAGAGAACAUUAGCUCAACAGAAGAUUCAUGAGCUAGAGAUAAGACAAAGAUUAAAGAAACAAGAAGGUGACACCGAUGAAGUGAAGGGUACGUUUGACACACUGCAACAAGAAGUGGAUGCUAAAUCGGGCAAACUAAAGCAGCUUUACUCGUUGCUUCAAGCCCAAAAGGGUGAGAUUACUGAUUUACAUGAUGAGCAUCAUCGACAACGAGAGGAACUUGAAGAAACUCAAACCGAACUUGUCAAAACCUUAAAGUUAAAGCAACUAAUAUUGGAAAGCUUUGUGCCACCAGAUGAGAAAAUGAAGGUUUUUGAUCGUGCUUAUUAUGAUGAAGAUGAGGAAGAAUGGAAAUUGAAGCCAUUAGCUCGGCCUGAAAGUGGGCCAGUGAUGAUCAAACGACCUGUGUCUGCGGUUGGUAAUCGUCGUCCUGUGUCUGAAUAUGCUCGCAUGGCUGCCGCUCUCGGUGGAAAUCCAAGAUAUAAGACUGAAAAUGUACUAUUAGUUGAACUGGACAUGCCCAAUCGGACAACACGAGACUAUGAAGGUCCAACAGUAGCACCUCGUGUUCAAGCAGCUCUUGAUGCAGCUCUUCAAGAUGAAGACGAGCUGGCAAUUGAUGCAGGUGCUUCUUCGUUGUUUUUGUCUCAAGAUCGACCAAAGGCAAAACGAAAUAAGAAGAGAAGAAAUGUUCGUGCCACUGCUGCAUCUACUGAUGGCUCAGUAAAGCAACAGUUUCCAUUAGCCAGAGGAUGGGUUGCCACCGAUAAACGGUUUGCGUAGGUGUGAUAAUAAAUCCUGCAUAUCUAGAACAUGUGAUAUUUUACUGUAUUAGAAAUGCAUUUCUAAUGUUGAACAAAUACAAGUACAUAUUUAAUUAUUUUACGUUA